AGUAAAUAUAUAGUGUUUUGUUUUUUGAAUAACCUAGUUUAAAAUUUUUGUGUGCUAUAAUGUCCUUAAAUUUAUAUAGCUUCAGUUGAUCCCGUAAACAGGCUCGCGGUAAUCGGGCGGUAAUCCUGCCCGCCCGAGGCGCGCAGAUAGCGCCGCGCGGCUCCUGAGGAUCUGCUGGCGGUGCGGUGCGGUGCGGUGGUGGGAGGCCCCCCUCCCCCCCUACAACACCCUGCCGCAGCAGACCACGUGACAGCGGCCCGCCGCCUGAAGACAGCCGGCCUCGCCAGUCGCCACUCCGCCGCCAGCGCUGACCACGGCAGCAGCAUGAACCUCGACUGGGGGUACGCCGAGGAGAAUGGGCCGGACACGUGGGCCAGCAAGUUCCCGCAGGCGGCGGGCAGCCGGCAGUCGCCCGUGGACAUAGUGACCACCCGGGUGUCCACCGACAAGACGCUGAGGGCGCGGCCGCUGUCCUGGCGCUACGUGCCGGACAACUGCAGGCAGCUCUCCAACACCGGCCACGGCUGGAAGGUGGACGUGCUGGGCUACGGCUCGGAGCUGACCGGCGGCCCGCUGACGGAGAAGCACACCCUGGAGCAGUUCCACGCCCACUGGGGCGUCGACAGCAGCCAGGGCUCCGAGCACACGGUGGACGGCCGCGCCUUCGCCGGCGAGCUCCACUUCGUGCACUGGAACAGCCUCAAGUACAAGACGUUCGCCGACGCGGCGAGCCAGCCGGACGGCCUGGCGGUUCUGGCGGUGCUGCUCCAGGUGGGCGAGACCCACUCCGAGCUCCAGAAGCUGGUGGACCUGAUACCGGAGGUGAUCUACAAGGGCCAGAAGGUGGCCAUCAACUCGCCCAUCGACCCGGCCAAGUUCUUUGCAGACUGCCACGGCUACUGGACAUACCAGGGAUCCUUGACGACCCCGCCGUGCAAUGAGAGCGUCACCUGGAUCGUCUUCAAGACACCCAUCCAGGUCUCGGAGGAGCAGCUGUCCGUGUUCCGCACGCUGCGAUGCUACGAGGAGCACGAGGAGUGCCCCUGCAACGAGCUGCAGGGGCUGCUGGUGAAGAACUUCCGGCCGCCACUGCACCUGGGCAACCGCGAGCUGCGCGAGUGCGCUUCCGCUUAGUGGCGUCCCCGGUCCCGUAGUCACCCCGGCCUGGCCGUAGCCACCACCACCCGUACAACAGCACCACUUCCAUAGAGCAGGCUCGGGAGCCGUGCCCACUGCACCUGGGCAACCGCGAGCUGUGCGAGAGUGCCUUCACGUAGUCGUGUCCCCGGUCUUGUAGUCACCCUGACCCGGCAGUAGUUGCCUCCACCACAGCACAACACCCGCAACAUGCCGUCUCUACUGAGCAGGCUCAGGAGCUGUGCCUCAGCCGUAGUCACCCCGGCCCGGCAAUUAGUAGCCUCCACCCGUACAGCACUGCACCCGUGUGAAGCCACUCAAGUGUCGCAAAGUGCAAGAACCAGCCAUCCAGCCCUUCAUUCCAGCAAUACAGCUUUACUUGUUACCCAGGACUUUUUGAUUUGCAGAUAACAUGGUGACACAAUAUUGUAAAACGACUACAGUUCAUGGAAAUGCUACCAUUUUGCAGCUAUAAAUUCGUCUGUGAUAUAACUAUUAUAUAGGUAAUGUUAAUAACAUAAAAUAUGUAAUAUUAAAAAUUUAUUUAAGGAAAUGUACAUAGUUAUUUUGUGAAGCAGGUUACUUUUAUAGCCAUUGCGAGGCUCAAAGAAAGUGCCUUAUGUAACAGUGACAUGGCUGGGAAAACUUAUUCGAGAGCUGUAGCGCCCUCGAAACAUUCACUCACUCCAAGGUAUUAACAUCCUGGACAACAACCUUUCCUAAGAUUUUAACUGAAUUUCAUAGAUUCGAUUUAAAAUAUUAAUCCCUACACAGAGUUCAAAAAGUAGAUUUUUCUUUAGCCUUGUUUAUUCCAUUUUAAAUGUGAUAACUUACAUGCAUCUAAACUGUAAUCUUUUUUUGCAUAAAAGUUAGCAUUACAGAGACAUUCCCACAGUGUACAUGCCAAAACAACUAUCACCGUCAUUUACUUAGCAAUGUCUCUGCAACGCCACAAUAAAUGUUGCGAAAGUCGAAUCCAGGACCUCUUUAACCCGUUGGAGAAAUGCUGCCAGAAUAAUGAUGUGCUAUUUUAAAUGCAAACACACCCCGUAGUUAAGGUUGUCUGAUUUGGCAGCAGUGAAAAUGCUUGGGCAUGAACUAUUAAAGGUUGUAGUGAGAAAUUUCGUGAAUUGUUCCAGCCUGACAGGGUCUGAUGCUUGCAUACCGGUGCCUUUUUUCGUGAAACUGUUACCGUGGGAGUUUACUGUUGGAACAAAACCAAUAUGGCUCUAAUUGAAAUACAACUAGAUAUAACCAUAUAACCCUCGAGUGUUAACCAGAUAAAUAUAAAUACGUAAACAAACAGUACCUAUUGCUUAACCUCCCAGUCGAGAUACUUGUUAUUUGAGAUGAGAUAAGAAUACUUUACAUAAAUAUAGAUUUUUAGUUGGUGAAUACUCUGUUGUGUGUCCUUGUUUGUUGUUAAGAAGGCAGCUAUGCAUUUACUAAUGUUAAGUUUGUGAGUUUAGUCUAGACGAGAGGAAGCUCAUGGCAGGCCAUGAACCAAUCUUGUUCAUAUUAAGGUUAUAUUAUUAUUAUUACGUUAUGGUAUUUUUCAUUAUCAGUAGAUUUUGAAAAUGGUGCUACUAAUACCUAUAUAUUCUCAUACAAAUUUCUGAAAGAAUACAUACAUGUCAUGUGAAAGAAAAGGCAGGAUAUUAAAAAAGUGCAAUUUUAUGUAUUAGUCAAAACAAUGUAGUGCAUACUUUCUUGUAUGUGUUAACUUGUAAACACAAUUGCAAAAUGGAAUCAUGUGUGUGGAAAAUAAAACCAAAUAUUUAAAAA